UCAAAAUCAACAAUUUCAAAAUAAAAAUCAGGAUAUCUCAUAUUCAUCAUACAGUAACUGUGAAGAAAUAUAACUUCAAGAUUACUGCAAGGCCCAGCUGCAACAGAAAUAUGCCGACAACAAUUAGAAACCAUCUCUCACCUGCAGAACUGAUGUGGCUGCGAAGAUUUAGAGCAACGAAACAUCCUGACAUAAGUCCGGCAACCCCUACGAUCACCCAUCUGAAUGUUUCCACAGGCACAACCGAUAGACACU